UUUUAGGGACGGUUGGUGUGUCGCAGGUGCGUGUGUUUUCCAAGUCAACGGCGGUGUAACUUUCCAGUAAUUCCCAAGUGUGUUUGUUGUCAAACGACCCAGCAAAUUUGCACAAUUCACGCACUGAAACCGUUCGAUUGCGCAUCACCCUUGCAUCCGGGAAUUGUGAAUGGUCGUCGCAGGGCGGAAGGAUCGCUUCCGAGGUCUCAACGUUUCCGUGGAAAAGUGUUGGCGGAUCGCGAUAGUGCAUUAGAAUUUCCCAGGUGGAAAACAGAGCGAGAGGUGGAAUCCAAUUGAAAAUGUGUCGACAAGCGUUUUUCCUGCGUGCAUGAGUUGAGUAAUUUUUGAAAUGUUGCAUUUCUGGCAGAAAGUGCUCUAGUGGUCGGGAUUGUGGCGUAGCUGGUGCGGUUUCGAGUGUUUGCAUAGAAUCCGAGUGAGCGGGCCGAGAAACGGUGAAAUUCGUGAGUGUCGUCCGUGGUCAACGUGCGCUUGCAUUCUCCAAACUCCACUGCCUUGGAUUACCUGCAUUUUACCUUGGAUUUCGUCUUGUUUGUGAUAAUUGAACGGCGCCGCGGAUACGAGCGAGAACGGCUUCAAGAUGAGCUGGGGAACCGAACUUUGGGAUCAGUACGAAAACUUAGGGAUACACACACAUAAAGGCAUUGAAUUUUUAGAUAAAUAUGCUAAUUUCGUUCGUGAUAGAUGUGCAAUAGAAACAGAAUAUGCAGGCAAAUUAAGACGACUGGUGAAAAAUUAUCAGCCCAAAAAGAAAGAGGAAGAAGACUAUGAAUUGUCGUCAUGGCAGGCAUUUCGAAAUGUAUUAAAAGAAGUAAGCGAUUUGGCCGGACAAAGAGAAGUUGUAGCAGAAUCAUUUCAAGCACAAAUCAUACAAGGUAUUGCAGUAUUAUCAAAAAAUCUGAAGGAAGAUCGGAAGAAAUGUCUUAUGGAUGGCGCAAAUCUAACACAGAACUUGACUACACAAAUAGCCGCAUUGGAUCGUGCAAAACGAAAUUACGAAAAAGCAUAUCGAGACUCAGAAAAAGCUGUAGAUAAUUAUCAAAAAGCCGACGCCGAUUUGAACCUGAGCCGAGCUGAGGUUGAGAAGCAGAAACAUAACAUGACGAUGAAAAUACAACAGUCAGACGAUGCAAAAAAUGAAUAUGCCAAUCAACUGCAAAAAACAAACAAUUUACAACAGCAACAUUACGAUGUGUUGUUGCCAAAUGUAUUUAAUAGGUUACAAGAAAUUGACGAGAAACGAACGCGCGGUAUAAAAGAAUUCAUCAAAUUAACGGCCGACAUUGAAUCAUCGGUUGCACCAAUUAUAGCUAGAUGUUUAGAAGGUAUUGUUAAGGCUGCCGAAUCAAUUGACGAGAAAGACGAUUCAAUUAAAGUAAUAGAAAGGUAUCAGUCUGGAUUUAAUCCGCCAGAUAAUAUACCAUUCGAGGAUUUAUCUAAACCCGACACCGUAGAUGGAUCAAACACAAUACAUUAUAAUAAUAUUCCAAUGAACCAUAUGACUAUGAAAGGUACAAUGGGUGCUAACAAACUGAAGAAACGUGUAGGCAUCUUUGGAAUAUUUAGCAGUAAUAAGAUACUCGAAGCCUGCAUCACAGUAAAGAAUUCCCUAUCAACGGACGGUGUGAAGGAAGACUUUAGUGAUUUACCGCCAAAUCAGCGACGUAAAAAGCUACAAGCCAAGAUUCAGGAACUUCAACAGAAAAUCGCUCAAGAGACGGCAGCCCGGGAUGGUCUUAUGAAAAUGAAAGUAGUUUACGAAACGAAUUCAAGUCUUGGCAAUCCAAUGACAGUGGAAGGACAAUUGAAUGAAUCAGAACAUAAACUGGAGAAGUUGAAGCUUGAUUUGAAAAAAUAUCAAGGAUAUCUGGAAAAGGCGAAUAGCUUACCGAUGGCUAAUAACAGCCCACAAGCACUUAGAAAUCAUAAUGGACAUCGAGUAUCGAGACAUUCCAAUGGUAGUGGCGACAAUGAUGACAACGACGAUCAUCACGAUGAUGGCGGAAGCUUGAGCAGGUCAGAAUCAGAGGAUAAUGUGGCGCAAAUAGAAAACGGGCUUAAUAUUAAUAACAACGGUAGUUCAGCGAGUCCAGAAAGUGGACUGGGUACAUCACAUACAUCGUUACCAGGAUCAGGCCAGGGAAGUGCCAAUGAAAAUGCCAUGAUUGACGAUACCUACUAUGAGGCAGAAGCUUUACAGCCGCUGGGUACAUGCCGGGCACUUUAUCCGUUUGAAGCCACCAGCGAAGGAAGCAUUCCAAUGACUGAAGGUGAAGAGCUUCAAGUGAUAGAACUGGAUCAAGGCGAUGGUUGGACAAGAGUACGACGACUAAACGGUCCAAACGGUUGGGAGGAAGGAUUUGUGCCAACAAGUUACAUCGAAAGUACUUUAUUCGCUUAAAUAUAAAACUUUAACGAUAACUACGAUUACGAUUAUUAUAUUUACUAAUUAUAAGUUAAUGUUAAUAAACAAAAACUUUGUAAGUAAACAAAUGCUAGGCGCAAAAUGAUAUAUUCUAUGUACAAUUUCAUUGACUCAGAAACCAACACCACACCAUCAUUAUUGCACUUUUAUUCACACAUUCAUACACAAUAUAAAUCAAUUACAUUAAAUGUCUGAGUCAACGCUAGAUGAAAACGUGGAAAGGAUUUAUGAAUCCUUGCGGUAAUCUGUGUCUCAAUCGCAGCUUAUUCACCACACGGAUGACUUCCCUACGAAAAUGAUUAGUAGCGAUAAAACUUAGUUGUUGAGAGUAUUAAAUGUAAUCCGUGCGUGAGCUGCGUGAACGACAACUUUAGAACGUUUAGCACGAAUCGUUUUUUGAUUGAAAAUCUGAAGGGGAAAUAAUCAAGUCGGUGUAGCAAAGAUAAUUGAUUUCCCGAGAUAAAUCAAAUUAGAUAAAGUUUAUCCAUAUUUUGUGUGAUCUAUGCCUUUACGUUUCGCCACGAUCCGUGGAUUCGGCGAUCAGAUAUAGAAAAAUGAAUAUUUUUUUUAAUAAUUCAGACAAAGUUGGAGAAGUAAUAACAUACUUGAACUAUCGCAUUUUUGUACGGCUUAAAUGUAUUCUUUAUUAGUUCUUCGUUGCAUAUUCUGUAUGUUAUUAUUUCAGUAAUUUUUAAUAAGGAGUACUUGUGAAACUAAUUAUACACAUACGAGGAGAACUCUUCAAACUACACUUAGGUAGGGCUUGAGACUGCAUAAGAGGUAAAUUUGAAAAGAGAACAAAUAUUAGUCGAAAUGGAAUAAAGUGAAUAUUCGCAAUAUUUUGAAUUAAAAAAAAAUCUUUGAAGAAAGAAGAAUACAUCUUCGUCAUUGUAACGCAAAUUCGAGAUGGUAAAUUAUCGGAUGAGAGUAAAGAAAGGAAUAUAUCGACUUCAGUUUUAUAUAGUCAUUUAACAUUAUUUCGUUAAACUGUAAUUUUCUACAUAAGAACAUAUUUUUGUUUUAUUAUUUCUAUUAAUUAAGAUGAGAGGCAAUUUUAUUUGAUAACUUGAUGUGUAUAGUACUAAAUAAUACAAAAAGGACGCCUUUUACUUUUUGGUUGUAAAUUUUAUAUCGAACAUUUUUAAAAGAAAAUAUGAAAAUGUGAAAUUUA